AUGUAUGAACCACUGGCAAUUGUGGGUACAGCUUGCCGGUUCCCUGGUGCGGCAAAGUCUCCAUCUAGACUAUGGGACCUCUUGAAGGCUCCGAGAGACGUUCUGAAAGAGUUCCCCCCUGAGAGGCUCAAUACGGCAAACUUUUAUCACAAUAAUGGCGACAUGCACGGCCGCACAAAUGUUGAACACAAGUCAUAUUUGCUGGAUGAGGAUGUUCGCCACUUCGAUGCCGCCUUCUUUCAUCUCAAUCCGAAGGAGGCGGCUGAUAUGGACCCUCAGCAGAGGAUCCUCCUAGAGACUGUUUAUGAGGCCUUCGAGGCAGCGGGUUGGUCGCUCAGCGAUGUUGAUGGUUCGCAAACCUCAGUUCACGUCGGCUCAAUGACAGAGGAUUACACCUCUAUUCAAUCUCGAGACCCUGAUAUGUCGGGUAGCCACGUUGCUACCGGCGUAUCUCGAGCUAUCCUGUCCAACCGCAUCUCUUAUGCCUUCAACCUCCAAGGAGCUUCUCUGUCCCUCGACACAGCUUGUUCGAGCUCACUGGUCGCUCUCCAUCUUGCCGCCCAAGGUCUCCAUAGAGGGGAAGCCACUCAGGCCGUCGUGGCUGGUACCAAUCUACUUAUGGAUCCGUUUUGGUACAUCGCAGAAUCGUCGAUGCAUCUACUCUCUACAGAUUCUCGCUGUCGCAUGUGGGAUAAGGAUGCCAGUGGAUAUGCCCGUGGAGAGGGUUGUGCUGCUGUGGUGUUAAAGACGCUAGCCCAAGCAGUUCGUGAUGGUGAUCACAUCGAAUGCGUUAUUCGAGGAAGCUUGGUCAAUUCGGACGGAGCUACCAAUGGCAUUACGAUGCCAUCUCCUGCAGCGCAAUCUGCCUUGAUCCAGCAGACAUACCGAAAUGCGGGCUUGGACCCUAUCACAGAUCGAUGCCAAUAUUUCGAGUGCCACGGUACCGGUACGCAGGCCGGUGAUCCUGUUGAGUCCCAAGCGAUUCGAGACACCUUCUUUCCCGAUAAUAAACAUGAAGAUGACAGUAUCCUGUACUGUGGCUCUAUCAAGACGAUUAUCGGCCAUCUUGAAGGUUGUGCUGGAUUGGCGGGAGUCAUUAAAGCCUCACUAGCGAUUCAGAACAAGGCGAUCCCGCCCAACAUGCACUUCAAUCAGCUCAACCCCAAAGUUGAGCCUUUUUACAAGAACCUAGAGGUUCCUACUUCUCUUAUGCCUUGGCCAGAGAUACACGACGCGCCUCGCAGAGCAAGUGUCAACAGCUUUGGUUUCGGCGGUACGAACGCUCAUGCUAUCCUCGAGAGUUACGAGCCUUCUGAGACAAUCGUGUCGUCUUUGAAUUCAUCUACUUCAGAAAUCAUGGAUGACAGUGUGUAUCAAUCUAUGGUGGGAGGAAGAAUUGGAGGCCCGUUUGUGUUCUCGGCAAGAAGUCGCACUUCGUUGGUCAACUGGCUCAAGCAAUUAUUGACCUACCUGCGGGAGAAUCAGUCUCUGGAUCUUGACUCUUUAAGCAGCAGCCUGUAUUCCAAAAGAACAGCGUUUCCGUAUCGUGUCGCGAUCCCAGCAGCUUCGGACCUUGAUGACCUUGUUCAGAAGCUAGAGGACCAGAUCAACACUAUAAGCACAUCGAUGGACGGGUCUGGUGCCGGAGCUGGGUUCGCUGCUCCAAAAUCGCUUAGAAUUCUGGGCAUCUUUACCGGUCAGGGAGCGCAAGCGGCACGGAUGGGUUGUGCACUGUUAGAGCACUGCAAACUCUUCAAGGAGUCUAUCAUUGCGUGUGAAGAGGCCUUGAAAUGUAUCCCUGAACCUCCUCCAUGGUCACUCAGUGAGGAAUUGGCUGCCGAUGCCACGAAAUCCCGCGUGUCAGAGGCCAAAUUCUCGCAGCCACUCUGCACGGCUAUUCAGAUUGGUCUCGUAGACCUUCUACGUGCCUGUGGGAUUAAAUUCUCUGCCGUCGUUGGUCAUUCAUCCGGAGAUAUUGGCGCAGCAUACGCAGCAGGCCUAUUGACUAGGAAGGAUGCCAUGGGCAUCUCUUAUUACAGAGGCCAUGUGGCCCAUCUUGCCCGAGGAGAUGCUGGCGAGUCGGGAGGCAUGAUGGCCGCUGCUAUGCCCUUUGAUGCUGCAUCUGCGCUCUGCUCUGAACCGCGAUUCAAGAAUCGAAUAAACGUCGCAGCUAGCAACUCCCCCUCGAGUGUAACGCUAUCUGGCGCCAAGGAUGCAAUCGUGGAGAUGAAGGAACACCUAGAUAGAAUCAACAUCCAGGCCCGGGCCCUUCAAGUUGAUGUCGCCUAUCAUUCCCACCAUAUGCUCGCCUGCGCUGAUGCUUACUUGGGUCACCUCAAGCAGCUCGAUAUUCGCAUCCAAACGCCUCCGACUGAUCAAGAGUGCCAUUGGUACUCGAGCGUUAGAGCUAACACCAAUAUUCUCGAGAGACCCUUUGAGUCCGGACUGGAGGCUCAGUAUUGGGUCGAUAACAUGGUGCAACCGGUUUUAUUUUCCGAAGCUGUGAAGCUUGCCGUCCAGGUUGUUUCCGCAAGAUUCAGUGCCGCAAUGGAAAUUGGCCCACAUCCUGCCCUUAAAGGCCCGGUCAACCAGACAUUCAAGCAGUCGAUUGAUUAUACUCCUCAGUAUACUAGCUGCCUAAGUCGAGGUAAUGACGACAUUGAAACCUUUUCAGAGAUGCUUGCAAUGAUCUGGACCAUUGACCCUUCCUCGAUUGAUUUUGCGAGUUGGCGGAAGGCAUUCGGUCUUGCAGCCCAACCACAGGUGCUUAAGAACUUGCCCCCAUACGCUUGGGACCACACACAGAUUCAUUGGCGUGAAUCCCGCGUGGUUCGCAAUUAUCGUCUUGGCAAACAACCUCCCCAUGAUCUUCUUGGUCGCCUCUGGAACGACGCCCAGUAUGAGCACACUUGGCGCAACAUCUUCCAGCUCAAGGAGAUGCCCUGGGUCAAGGGACAUGUCUUUCAGGGCCAGGUUCUAUUUCCAGCGACUGGCUACAUCAGUCUGGCUGUGGAUGCAGCAAAAGCCUUCAUCACAGGCCGCCCCAUCAAAUUGGUUGAAGUUCUUGAUAUGGCCAUCCCUACAGCGUUGGUAAUCGGCGAGGGAGAUGAGGUUGAGGUUCUGUUUACAAUACGCAGUCGUGUCUCACCUGAGAAGGUUGAAGAUGGUUCUAUUCUGGAAGCAGAGUUUGCUUGCUACAGUUAUCCCGACGGGCGUGAGGCUGACAAAACUUGUGACGGCCGGUUGCUUGUUCAUCUCGGUGAACCUGAACCGGAGGAUCUCGCGCCCACCAACAUAUCUAAUGUGGAGCUGACGCCAUUCAACGUCGAUCGGUUCUAUCGCGCGGCGUCGGAUAUUGGCUUUGGAUACGACGGCACUUUCCGUGCACUGACUUCGCUCAACAGGUGCUGGGGCCAUGCAAAAGCAGUCGCCUCAUGGCCUAAAGAUGACCUCGAUGUCUGCUGCACUUUGCACCCUGCUAUCCUCGAUGUUGCUCUUCAAGCAGGACUGGCCACUUUUGUAUCUACCGCUGAGAGAUCCAUGCCAAGCUCCUAUCUCCCUGUUGGAAUUAAGAGGGCCCUCGUCCACCCCAAUGUGGACUUUCUGAGUCUCGAUGGAUCGACCAACAUUGAGAUUGAGGCUUACAUGACCAGUCCCGAGCUGGGUAAGCUGAUGGAAGCCGACAUCAACGUGCGUGCUAAGAAAGGCACUCGCGAUGAUUUGGGGGGCAUCCAGUUGGAGGGCGUCAGAUUUAAGGCUAUUUCGGAGCCACAACCAUCAGAAGAUCGAAAUAUUUUUGCCAAGACGGUUUGGGGCCUUGAUGCAGCAUAUGGUCUAGUUCAGCCACGAACUGCCGAAAUCAGUGCUAGAUCGUCCAUGUACACGCCAGAGGAGUACGAACGCGUCGCACUAUUUUAUCUUCAGUCGCUUGCUCGGUCGGUGAAUGCGAGAGAGCUGAACGUUGUGAAGCACCAUCAUCAAGAUCUGAUGCGUUUUAUCGACGCAACCGUUGCUCAGCUUCGCAAAGCUGACCACCCUGUUUUGAUGAGGGAGUGGCUGAAUGACAGCUCCGACACUAUCAAACAUCUUCUUAGUCGUGAUCCGAGCGACGUUGACAUGGCAAUGCUGGCGUCCAGCGCAGAGUGGACUCUCACCCUACUGGAAGGGACCUCGGAAUAUACACACGAGAGUUUGCCGAGUUCCUUUUACCACAACAGAAGCAGCGCUACUACAUGCAACGAGUACAUUGCGCAGCUCGUCCUCCAAAUUAGUCACCAGUUCCCUAGAACCAAUAUUCUUGAAAUCAGUGCUGGUGUCAGAAAUACCACUUCUACCAUCCUAGGCACUGUUGGUGACGCGUACGCACACUAUACUUGCGCUGGUGCUUCGGAAACCGUUAUCAAGAGUCUUAAGGAAAAGCUAGUCCCAGCUGAAACAGAAAAUGUCAGCUUCAAGGUCUUUGAAGUGGAGGCUGACCUCGCCUCCCAAGGAUUUGAGGCAGGAUCAUACGAUAUUGUCAUUGCGACAGAUGUUUUACGUGCGAGCCGAUAUUUAUCAAGAACGGUGCAGAAUAUGCGAAGACUAAUCCGCCCCGGAGGUUUCUUGAUUGCGAUGGAAUUUACGGGAACCUCGCUUCGACCAACCGCCAUUAUGGGAGGCUUGGAGACUUGGUGGGCUGGUGUCAGUGAUAGAGGAACAGCAAGCCCUGUCAUCACAACUGGAGAAUGGGAUAAACUCCUCGAGCGACAUGGGUUCUCGGGAAUUGACUGUACUCUCCACGACCAAGCCAAUGUCGGAAUGCAUGGCUUCUCUGUUUUCUCCUCCCAAGCCACGGACGAUCGAUUGGACAUCUUGCGAGAUCCCCUCAUUUCUAUGGACAUGAUCACACCACCUCCUGUGAUCCUCAUUGGCGGUGAAACAAGCAAGGUUUCUAGACUCGUCCGACAAGCAGAGAAAAUGGUUCGUGGUUGGGCAACAGAAAUACAGGCAUACAGCCGUUUCGAUCAAAUUGAUUGUUCUCGAAUCCCGCCCGGAGCCUCCGUUAUCAGCUUCCAGGACCUCGAUAAGCCGCUCUUCUCUUCCCCCCCGUCACCAAGCGAGCUACGAAAUCUCAAGCAAGUAUUAGAUAUUUCGCGAAAUAUCUUGUGGGUAACAUCACGUCGUAUGGCAGACGAUCCGUAUGCGAAUAUCAUGAUCGGCAUUGGACGCUCGCUGAGACUCGAAUCUCCCGACACUACUAUUCAUUAUCUCGAUUUUGACGAAGAUGAACCAUGGGAUAUCCAAGUGCUGAUGGCUCAGUUCCUUCGUCUCAUAUUCUCGUCUUCUCUCGGUGUUGCCGAGGGAAUGCUUUGGGUAGAGGAGCCAGAGAUCGUCAUCAAGGAUUCCCAAAUCUUGGUGCCACGAAUUUUGCCCGAUCAGAUAUCCAAUGAGGUCUACAACGCGAAACGCCGUCAGAUUACCAAGCUAGUUGAACCUGCAGAGCCGAUCGAGAUUGCCAAGGAUGUCGACUCAGCGGAUUCGGUACUUAUCUGCAGCCGUUCUCUUGAUCUUCCAGAGAACCACGUACCAAUUCAGGUCAAGCUAUCGGUAGCGCUACAUGAUGGAAACGAAUCUCCUUGCUUCCUCUGCUAUGGAAAUGUGAAAGACCAGGGAGACAGAGUUGUAUUGACGCUGUCAGAAACCGACUCGUCAGUUGCUCACGUUCGCGAGGACUCUGACUUCAGUUCCUUGGGUCUGCAGGAGUGCGAUGCAGAGGAUCUCGCGAACUUGGCAAGCUUCUUAAUUGCAUCGCAUGUAGUUUCCAACAUUCCGGGCCACGGAACAACUCUCGUGUGUGGCGCGUCUGAUAGGCUGGCCGAUGCGAUACGUUUGGUGGUGGCAGGUGCAGGUUGCAAGGCCUUGUUUGUUGCAAUUAGCAAGGAGAGACAAAGCGAACACGACGGAUGGCUUUAUGUUCAUCCUCAGAGUACCGCUCGAAGUUUCCAACAGAUGAUUCCUCGUGGCCCAAUCAACCUCUAUGGUCUGUCUAAGAAGAAUACCGACACUAUUUCCCGGUGGCUACCUGCUGGCUGCACAUCAGUCGAAGACGCUGUCAGGGUCUACUCGACACACCAAGAAUCCUUGGCCUCGGCAUCGAAGCCGGCAAUUGUGAACAUCCAUGAGUUACCCCAACCGCGUGACUCCAGCCCGGUACGUCUGUCUGUCGUGACAAAUUGGAAGCGAGAAAGCUCAGUCGGUGCGAUCCUCCGCGGUCUCGAGCCAAGUGCCCUAUUGUCACCCGACAAAACAUACUUCCUCGUUGGCAUGGCAAGUGAACUUGGUCAAUCUCUGACCUACUUCAUGAUUCGCGCCGGCGCUCGCCACAUUGUCUUGUCUAGUCGAAACCCCAAAGGGGGUCAAAACUGGAUUCAUGAUCUCCAAGCCAUCGGCAUUGAAAUUCGCGUGGUGAAGAUGGAUGUUACAUCCCGUUCACAGGUUCGAGAGACUGUUGCAAUGCUUCGCCGUACCAUGCCUGAGAUUGGUGGUGUCACAAAUGCAGCUCUGGUCCUGGAACCGGCUAUUUUCGCGAAUCUCUCCGCUGAAAGUAUCGCCAAGCAGAUGAAACCGAAGAUCUAUGGCACCGCCAAUCUGGAUGACGAGUUCAAAACCAGUAAAUUAGAUUUCUUCUUGACGUUUGGUUCUUUGUCCACUGUGUGCGGCAACGCCGGGCAUGCGAUAUACCACGCGGGCAAUGCCUUUAUGAUGAGCUUGGUACAGAAUAGGAGGCGACGCGGUCUAGCGGCAUCCAUUCUCAACUUCGGAAUGCUCGUAGAUGUCGGAUACGUUGCUCGAUCAGAUCGUUCUGCUGGGCCGAGUGUUGAGGAAUGGCUCCGCACUGAUCUCCCUACAGCUCUAUCCGAAGCAGAUUUCCAUCAUGUUAUCCUCCAAGGAAUUGCUGCAGGCCAUCCAAACUCCCCAAGUGGCGAGGUUAUCAUGGGCCUCGAGAUGUUCCAUGAUCAAGGACAGAGCUCUAAACCACGAUGGGCUAACGCGCCCCUUUUCUCUCACAUGGUCCGUGUCUCUAAGGCCUCCAAGGAUGGGCAAGCAGACGACGCGCCUUCUUCAAUCCAGCGAUGGCAACAGAAUCUGGAAGAUGCUAUCUCUUUUGAUGAGGCAAUCCCACCGAUCACCGAGCUAUUGUCCAGAAAAAUCGAGUCUAUGAUCCAUGUUUCAUUGCACUCAAUUCAUCCUGAUGAGCCCAUGUCACAUCUAGGAAUUGAUUCUAUCAAUGCCAUUGAGAUUCGAAAGUGGCUCCGAGAGAAGUUGGAAGCUGAUAUCUCCAUGCUCAAGAUCCUUGGUCGAGACUCUAUCUCAUCCAUCAUUCGUACCGUAGCCGAGCAGUACAUUGCCAAGAGACCGGCAACAAAGAGCAUGUCUAAGGGAGAGAUCUCGACUGCUGAAGUGCCACAGCCAAACAAGACGCUAGCACCUAAGGCAGAUCCGAAUGCCCAAAAAGAGUCAACUGGCCCGACUUUAUCCAACCAUGGCCAUGAUGCUCGAGAUAGUGAAGCUUCUCUGACUUCCUCCCAAUGUUUGACUGGGAUAUCCAAUCAAAUUCCGGGACCCCAACUGCCAUUUAUUCGAUCCGAGCGCUUGUCAUAUGCUCAGGCCGGUUUCUUCUACCUGAGUGCAUUCUCUGAUAGUCGGACAUCAUUCAACCUUACGGGGAGGUUCCGGAUCAAGGGUCGAUUGGACACUGAGAGGUUUUGUCGUGCUUUUGAUCAAGUCAUGCAUCACCAUGAGGCAUUGCGAACAUGUUUCUUGGCAACCUCCGGAAGCUCUGAAGUCAUGCAGCAUGUCACUAAGAACGCGACCCCUCAAAUCAGUCGCUUGCAAUCCACCAAAGAAACGGCAAAGGUGGAUGUGGAGAAGGCAUUCGACGAAAUUGCGAAACAUGAGUACUCCCUCGCUACGGGUGACACCCUUCGAGCCACUCUGAUCAGUCAUGGAGCGCAAUGGCAUACUCUAGUCAUUGGAUUCCAUAAUAUUGCGCUUGAUGCCGUCUCCAUGAGGUUACUUUUUGCUGAUAUUGACCGUGCAUAUCGAUUCCAAACGUUGUCUCAGGACUCUGCCUCGUAUCUUGACUUCACUCGCCAGGAAAUCGACGAUGUACAGGCGGGGCGUCUUGACGAGAGUAUCGACUAUUGGAAACGCCUUCUCGACCCUAUCCCGGAACCUAUUCCUUUGCUGCCAACGGCAAAGGUUAAGACCAGACAGAACCGUCGGUCAUACGGAUAUCAUCUCGUCAAAAGAGAGCUGAGUAGCGAGCUUGUGCAGCGUGUGACGCAAAUCAGUCAGGCUCACGGCGUCACUCCGAUGCAAUUCUACUUGGCUGUUAUGCGAGUUUUCCUUUGCCGUCUGCUGGAUAUCGAUGACAUUUGCAUCGGCGUUAUGUCCCAUGGUCGUGACCCGACAAGUCGGUUUGGGGACACUGUUGGCCAUAUGGCUAAUAUCCUCCCCAUUCGUUUCAAGGGAUCUUGGGGUGAAUGCUUUCCAGAGGUCCUGGAGAACACAUUCAAGACUCUUUUGGACAGCUUCGACAACCGAAAUGUCCCAUUUGCUGUCGUUUUGGAGAAGAUACAGGCUCUAAGGAGUGAAGGAGGCAUGCCUCUCGUCCAAGUGGCCUAUGACUACAGAGUCGGCGAGAAUGUCGCGAACUCUGUGGGAGGCUGUACCAUGGAACUAGAAGAAACCAUCUACACAACUCUCUACGACUUGACUAUCGACGUUUUACAAUCUACCUCGCACGGCCAUUUGCUCAAUAUCAGAUGCAGUGACGACUUUUACUCCCUUUCGACCACAGAGUUCAUCGCGGAAACAUUUGUCAAUGUGAUUGAAUCUCUGGCUCCAGAUCCCUCGGUUGCAGUGAAGGACAUUGGUCUAUUCAGCGACACCCAGCUGCAACAGGCGACAACCGUUGCUCACGGUGCUGAUGUCGAGCACUCGUGGCCCCAGUCGUUGUCGGAAAGGUUCGAGCAGGUUGUUGCCAACUUCCCCGGUUCCGUUGCCGUCAAAGAUGGCAACGAGGCCAUCACAUACAAUCAAUUGAAGCAAUUAGUUGAGAUCUACGCCAACAUUCUACUCGAAGCAAAGACCACAGCUGGAUCUCUAAUUGCGGUUCUGUGUGAGCCAAGCAUUGAUCUCUAUGCGACAAUGUUGGCUGUCUUCCAUAUCGGGGCUGUCUUUAUUCCAUUGGACGUGAGCGUGCCCGCUGCGAGACGUAACGACAUGAUGAAAGCAUGCCAGCCAGAUCUCCUCGUCUUCCAUGCAGCUACUGCCGCCAGUGCGACCGAGGACCAUGGCGAAUAUAGAUCGCUAAACAUAGCUGAGAAGGCUCGGGCUCACCCACGGCAUGCUCGUUCUCCUGAGCGUACUGUUUCAGACCCCGGAUCGGAUAGUUAUAUUCUAUUCACGAGCGGAUCUACUGGCGUGCCCAAGGGCAUCAAGCUGCAUCAAAGAGGCAUGAUGAACUAUGCUGCUUACACCAGCAAAGCCUACGGGUUUAAACAAGUUAGAGUAUUGCAGCAAACAUCCAUCGGAUUUGACUUAUCCUUUGCGCAAAUCUACAACGCCUUCACCAAUGGAGGAACGCUUGUUGUUGCUUCAGUUGAAGCUAGAGGGGACCCUGAUAUGCUCUCUAGGUUCAUCAUCGACGAGAUGAUCGAGUAUACUAUCGGCACUCCUUCCGAGUACAACUUGCUUCUUAGCUAUGCCUCAGAUGUCUUGCAGCAAUGCCGCUCGUGGCGCUUCUGCCAUACAGCUGGAGAAGCCCUUCCUGAGCGGCUUAUCGAGGGCGUGCGAGAGUUGAAGCUUCCCAAUUUGACGCUAACUGAUGCUUAUGGGCCCGCCGAAGCUUUCAUUGUGACCAACCGGAAUAUCCAGGUACAUGCCGGUGCUAUCCAGGACGAAUGCAAUAACAGGGCUGGAUCCGUUGGCUACGUCCUUCCAAACACGUCUGUCUAUAUCACCAGUGAAAGCGAUGGGAGCCUGCUGCCUUUAGGCGUGCCAGGUGAAAUUUGCAUCGCUGGCAGCGGCCUGUUCAACGGCUAUCUUGACACUGAACUAGGCGAUGAAAAAUUCGUCGAGAACCCAUUCGCCAGUGCCGAGUAUCUGGAACAAGGGUUUCACACCAUGUACAAGUCCGGAGAUAGGGGCAUUCUCCAUGCAGACGGAUCGAUCGUCUUCCUAGGCCGAUGUUUUGGCUACAAUGCGAUGAUCAAGCUCCGAGGCUUAAGAAUCGACCUUAACGAGGUCACUGGUGCAAUCUUGGGGGCAGCACCAAACGACUUGGCUGAUGCAGCUGUGACGGUUCGCGGCGACCCGCAGUUCCUCAUCAUCAACAUAACAGGUGCUUCCACAAUCGAACCCGCGAGGGGAAGCAUCUUGAUCAAUUUCGGUGGCCCAGGUGGGGACGGACAACAAAACCUCGCUGCGACAGCGGAAUUCUUGCAAAAUAUGACGGGUGGUUUCCACGAUAUCAUCAGCUUUGAUCCGCGGCUUUUUGCCCAAAUACCAAAUACGGCUACGGCUAACUCAUCAGACACAGCAUUGGGGCAUAUUUGGGCUGAAGCAAUGUUAUCGUCGGAUGCUUGUUUAAAUGGGAUGAAUGAAAGUGGGACUCUAGUCGGCACGGCUUUCGUGGCACGGGACAUGAUGAAAAUUGUUGACGCACUGGGCGAAGACGGGAUGUUGCGGUAUUACGUUUUGGGAGCAACAGUGGCUUCCAUGUUCCCCGACCGAAUGGACAGGGUACUUCUGGAUGGAGUGGUUAACCCGGACGACUACUACCAUGGACCAGAUACGGUCACCUUCACGGACACAGACAAAACAUUCCGGAGCUUCCUAUCAGGCUGCGUCACAGCAGGCGACGCUUGCGCCCUAGCGCAUCGCAACCAAACUCCAGCCGAGCUAGAAUCAUCCAUCCACGAUUUCCUGCAGAUACUUAAAUACGAACCCAUCCCCGUUGCCGGGCUCGUCUUAGAUUACAGUAUCUUCAAAGCCACCCUCUUGGGUAGCCUCUACUGGCCAAGCGGGUGGCCACAACUGGCCGCCGCCCUGGACAGCAUGCUAAGCAACGAUAUAGACACCCUUGCGCAGCACUUGGACUACCUUGUCACCCCGGCUGCGUCUAUCCAGUACGAGGCACUGCCCGGUAUCAAGUGCAGCGACAAAUUCCCGCGCUUAUCCAGCAGCAAGGCUUUGGUGCCGAUCAUGGAGGAGUUCUACGAAAUCAGCGAGUGGUGCGGUGAGACGGUUGCGAAUCUGGUCUCGCAGUGCGCGCAGUGGCAGUUUGAUGCUAAGGAGCGAUAUGAUGGUGAUUUCCAGGUGCAGACAAGGAAUCCGGUCUUGCUGGUCGGGAAUACCUUUGAUCCUGUGACACCACUUGCUGCAGCGCAAAAUGUCAGCGCGGGAUUUGAUGGAAGUGUUGUACUUCAGCAUAAUGGCAACGGUCACUCAAGUUGGGCACAGCGAUCUGCUUGCACAAUGAAAGCCAUCGCAGAUUAUUUCGUCAAUGGAACUUUGCCGGAACCUGGGACGGUUUGCGAAGUCGAUGCGCCGUUGUUUUCUGAGACGGAAUAG